CUCUCUCCUGCGCCUCUCCGGAGAGGGAGAUUAAUUGUCGUCGAACACUACAUACCAAUAACAAUGGAGGUCGUUGCUUAUAUUAAGGUCCCUUAUGGCGUUUUAGUCGCUGUUGCUUUUGUUUUGGCUAUGCUUUUCCCUGCCUCCGCCGCUGAUCCUUCUUUGUCUCCAGCCCAACCUCCCAUUGCUAGCGAUGGGACGAGCUUAGACCAAGGAAUAGCGUACGUGCUGAUGUUGUUGGCGUUGCUGCUAACUUACAUUAUUCAUUUAGCAGAGCUUCCAAUCAGUUUGUAAAAUUAGUGCACAAAAUGAUUAAAUUCAAUCCCGAGAGCUCCAAUGUAAAAAGGUG